ACGUAAUCUUCUUCCGUAAGAAACUGCGGCUGUUAUAAAUUAGAUCAUGCGAGGUUCGUGUACCCAAACCAAACCAGACCCAGACCAGAGUAAAGCAAUUCCACAGGUAGCACAGACACAACACAAGAACAUCUCAACAACAACAACAACAAUUUCUGUCCACCAUGCAAUUCUCCAAUCAAAACUAAUAUUCAGCUUCCUGUUCUGAUUACACGAGCCGAUUUCGAAGAUAAAUUGAUCCAUGGGUUCUAUAUCAGACCCGGAAAACAACGAAAACAAAAUCAACACCAUCACGAAACCACCCGGAAUUCGAUUAUUAGAAUGUGUCAAGAAAUCAAAUCUCUCAUUCAAAACACACCAAGCUAUUGUCCUAAUCAUCACAUUCUUAGCAUACGCGAGCUACCACGCUGCGCGAAAAACCACCAGCAUCAUAAAAAGCUCACUUGAUCCUCCACCACCAAACAACUCGUUUCUACAAAGUUCCAAUACGCUUUCGUGGUUACUUGGAACCGGGUGGGCCCCGUUUAACGAAGCAAACGGGACUGGGUUACUUGGAGAUCUCGACUUGGCUUUCUUAUUCGUAUACUCGAUUGGUAUGUUCUUCUCGGGCCAUAUUGGAGACCGAAUGAACCUAAGGAUAUUCUUGACAAUCGGAAUGAUUGGAACCGGUUUGUUCACUUCAUUAUUUGGAGUAGGAUAUUGGGCCAACAUUCAUAUCUUUUACUAUUAUUUGAUAGUGCAAAUGCUAGCCGGGUUGUUUCAAUCCACGGGUUGGCCUUCUGUGGUUGCGCUGAUCGGGAACUGGUUUGAGAAAGGCAAUCGCGGGCUCAUAAUGGGCGUUUGGAACGCGCACACGUCGGUUGGGAACAUUUCUGGCUCUUUGAUUGCUUCUUAUUUCUUGAAGUAUGGUUGGGGUUGGUCUAUGGUUGUUCCUGGUUUGAUGAUUACUUUGGUCGGAUUGUUGCUUUUCAUGUUUUUACCCGUUGAUCCUAAAUCGGUAGGAGUUAAUAAAGACGACGAUAAAGCGGUUUCAUCUGAAAAGAUUGGGGCCGAAUUUACUAAACCGCUUUUGUCCUUGAAGAUUAAUCAAGAGAAAGAAUCACCCGUCGGGUUCAUAGAAGCAUGGAAAAUACCCGGGGUUGCACCCUACGCGUUUUGCCUCUUUUUCGCGAAGUUGGUUGCUUAUACGUUUUUGUAUUGGCUCCCGUUUUACAUUAGUCAGUCAGCCAUAGAUGGUGAAUACCUAUCUGACGUGGAGGCCGGUAAUCUAUCUACACUGUUCGAUGUAGGCGGUGUAGUGGGCGGCAUCCUAGCUGGACACAUUUCCGACAGGCUAAAUGCUAGAGCCAUUACCGCCGCAAGCUUCAUGUAUUGUGCUAUUCCAGCCCUAUACUUUUACCGAAACUAUGGACACGUAUCCAUGACCAUAAACAUCAUACUCAUGUUGGUCACCGGCAUGUUUGUCAACGGGCCCUACGCGCUCAUAACCACCGCUGUUUCAGCUGACCUCGGGACCCACCGGUCGUUAAAAGGCAACUCCCGGGCCCUUGCAACCGUCACUGCAAUCAUUGAUGGAACUGGGUCCAUUGGCGCUGCAAUCGGUCCAUUGCUUACGGGUUACAUUUCAACCCGGAGCUGGAGUGCGGUUUUCACAAUGCUUAUGGUCGCGGCUUUUGUGGCGGGGUUGUUUCUUACUAGACUUGUGGUGGCGGAAAUAGCUACAAAAUGGCAAGACUCACGGCGAGGUUUGCCUACUAGCGCACGCAGGUCUACUACCGUUGAUGUGUGAUCGCCCUCAUGUUACAUUUUUGUACAUAUAUACUGUAUCAUAUUCGUGAUUUCAAAGAGAUUUUGUAUGUAAAAUUUUGGAUGAACCCGUUCAACUUCUUAAAAAAUUAAUCACUUGUCAACAUUAAUGUAUCAUUUUAGUUUAAAUUA